GAGUCGCCAGAAUCCAGAAGCCAGACGCGGGACUGCUCAAGUCGCCUGUGGACACAUUCUGCAAUGUCGGGGAUGCAAUGGAGUUUUGGUUUUUCCUGUCUGUUUUUCCUGAAAACAGUUUGGAUUUGCCAGGCUUUUGAUGCCGAUACCCCAGACCCCAGAGUGCUGUCCCUGGACCUUACCCUUGUUUGCAGCGACGACAAGAGCAAACAAGCCACCCUCAUCAGCUACCCCGUUACAUUCAAGGGCCAUGUUAUCAAAGACAUGCAAAUCUUCUGCAAGAAUGGAUGGAUGCAAAUGACACGUGGAAGAGGCAUUAACAUGAUUCGCAUUCAUUAUCCACAAACUUACACUUCAGUAGUUCCAGGGGCAUGUGUAUUCCGGGGACCAUACUCUGUUCCGACUAAUGACUCUAUUGAGAUGUAUAACGUAAGUGUUGCACUGCUAUGGAGCGAUGGGACACCAACCUAUGAGUCUCUUGAAUGUAAUGUUACUAAGUCACAGGCAUCCAAUGCACCUGAACCGAAGGCUAGUCCUACAUCAAGUACACCUCAACCAGAAGCAGCUUCCCACAACCAGAGCAAACUGAUAGACUGGGACGUAUUCUGCAGUCAGAAUGAGAAUAUUCCAGCCAAAUUCAUCAGUCGUCUCGUUGCGCCCAAAUGCCUAGCUGUGGAAAAGAUGGAUGUAGAUUGCAGCAAUGGACUGGUCCCAAUAACUCACGAACAUGGCUUUAAUAUGAUGCUCAUUCAGUACACCCGCAAUAAGCUCCUGGACAGUCCAGGAAUGUGUGUAUUUUGGGGACCAUAUUCAGUUCCAAAGAAUGACACUGUCGUACUGUAUACCGUUACUGCCAGGCUGAAGUGGAGUGAAGGACCUCCAACCGAUUUGUCGAUUCAAUGUUACAUGCCCAAGUCACCCGAUGCACCUAAGCCAGAGAGUUGUCUUUCAAGUCCACCUGAACCAGAGGCUAGUCCUUCAUCCAAUGCACCAGAACCAGAGACGUAUCCAACAUCAAGUGCACCUGAAAAGGUAUAUUCAGAUCAACCUGCACCUUCUCACAACCAGAGCAAACUGAUCGACUGGGACGUAUACUGCAGUCAGGAUGAGAGCAUUCAAGCCAAAUUCAUCAGUCGUCUUGUAACCUCAAAGGACCAAGCUUUGGAAAAGACGGAGAUAAAUUGCAGCAAUGGACUGGUCCCAAUAACUCAAGAAUUUGGCAUUAAUAUGAUGCUCAUUCAGUACACUCGCAAUGAGCUCCUGGACAGUCCAGGAAUGUGUGUAUUUUGGGGACCAUAUUCAGUUCCAAAGAAUGACACUGUCGUACUGUAUACCGUUACUGCCAGGCUGAAGUGGAGUGAAGGACCGCCAACCAAUUUGUCGAUUGAAUGUUACAUGCCCAAGUCACCCGUUGCACCUAAGCCAGAGACUGGUCCUACAUCCAAUGCACCAGAACCAGAGACUUAUCCAACAUCAAGUGCACCUGAAAAGGUAUCUUCAGAUCAACCUGCACCUUCUCACAACCAGAGCAAACUGAUCGACUGGGACGUAUACUGCAGUCAGAAUGAGAGCAUUCCAGCCAAAUUCAUCAGUCGUCUUGUAACCUCAAAGGACCAAGCUUUGGAAAAGACGGAGAUAAAUUGCAGCAAUGGACUGGUCCCAAUAACUCAAGAAUUUGGCAUUAAUAUGAUGCUCAUUCAGUACACUCGCAAUGAGCUCCUGGACAGUCCAGGAAUGUGUGUAUUUUGGGGACCAUAUUCAGUUCCAAAGAAUGACACUGUCGUACUGUAUACCGUUACUGCCAGGCUGAAGUGGAGUGAAGGACCGCCAACCAAUUUGUCGAUUGAAUGUUACAUGCCCAAGUCACCCGUUGCACCUAAGCCAGAGACUGGUCCUACAUCCAAUGCACCAGAACCAGAGACUUAUCCAACAUCAAGUGCACCUGAAAAGGUAUCUUCAGAUCAAGCUGCACCUUCUCACAACCAGAGCAAACUGAUCGACUGGGACGUAUACUGCAGUCAGAAUGAGAGCAUUCCAGCCAAAUUCAUCAGUCGUCUUGUAACCUCAAAGGACCAAGCUUUGGAAAAGACGGAGAUAAAUUGCAGCAAUGGACUGGUCCCAAUAACUCAAGAAUUUGGCAUUAAUAUGAUGCUCAUUCAGUACACUCGCAAUGAGCUCCUGGACAGUCCAGGAAUGUGUGUAUUUUGGGGACCAUAUUCAGUUCCAAAGAAUGACACUGUCGUACUGUAUACCGUUACUGCCAGGCUGAAGUGGAGUGAAGGACCGCCAACCAAUUUGUCGAUUGAAUGUUACAUGCCCAAGUCACCCGUUGCACCUAAGCCAGAGACUGGUCCUUCAUCCAAUGCACCAGAACCAGAGACUUAUCCAACAUCAAGUGCACCUGAAAAGGUAUAUUCAGAUCAACCUGCACCUUCUCACAACCAGAGCAAACUGAUCGACUGGGACGUAUACUGCAGUCAGAAUGAGAGCAUUCCAGCCAAAUUCAUCAGUCGUCUUGUAACCUCAAAGGACCAAGCUUUGGAAAAGACGGAGAUAAAUUGCAGCAAUGGACUGGUCCCAAUAACUCAUGAAUUUGGCAUUAAUAUGAUGCUCAUUCAGUACACUCGCAAUGAGCUCCUGGACAGUCCAGGAAUGUGUGUAUUUUGGGGACCAUAUUCAGUUCCAAAGAAUGACACUGUCGUACUGUAUACCGUUACUGCCAGGCUGAAGUGGAGUGAAGGACCGCCAACCAAUUUGCCGAUUGAAUGUUACAUGCCCAAGUCACCCGUUGCACCUAAGCCAGAGACUGGUCCUACAUCCAAUGCACCAGAACCAGAGACUUAUCCAACAUCAAGUGCACCUGAAAAGGUAUCUUCAGAUCAACCUGCACCUUCUCACAACCAGAGCAAACUGAUCGACUGGGACGUAUACUGCAGUCAGAAUGAGAGCAUUCCAGCCAAAUUCAUCAGUCGUCUUGUAACCUCAAAGGACCAAGCUUUGGAAAAGACGGAGAUAAAUUGCAGCAAUGGACUGGUCCCAAUAACUCAUGAAUUUGGCAUUAAUAUGAUGCUCAUUCAGUACACUCGCAAUGAGCUCCUGGACAGUCCAGGAAUGUGUGUAUUUUGGGGACCAUAUUCAGUUCCAAAGAAUGACACUGUCGUACUGUAUACCGUUACUGCCAGGCUGAAGUGGAGUGAAGGACCGCCAACCAAUUUGUCGAUUGAAUGUUACAUGCCCAAGUCACCCGUUGCACCUAAGCCAGAGACUGGUCCUACAUCCAAUGCACCAGAACCAGAGACUUAUCCAACAUCAAGUGCACCUGAAAAGGUAUCUUCAGAUCAACCUGCACCUUCUCACAACCAGAGCAAACUGAUCGACUGGGACGUAUACUGCAGUCAGAACGAGAGCAUUCCAGCCAAAUUCAUCAGUCGUCUUGUAACCUCAAAGGACCAAGCUUUGGAAAAGACGGAGAUAAAUUGCAGCAAUGGACUGGUCCCAAUAACUCAUAAAUUUGGCAUUAAUAUGAUGCUCAUUCAGUACACUCGCAAUGAGCUCCUGGACAGUCCAGGAAUGUGUGUAUUUUGGGGACCAUAUUCAGUUCCAAAGAAUGACACUGUCGUACUGUAUACCGUUACUGCCAGGCUGAAGUGGAGUGAAGGACCGCCAACCAAUUUGUCGAUUGAAUGUUACAUGCCCAAGUCACCCGUUGCACCUAAGCCAGAGACUGGUCCUACAUCCAAUGCACCAGAACCAGAGACUUAUCCAACAUCAAGUGCACCUGAAAAGGUAUCUUCAGAUCAAGCUGCACCUUCUCACAACCAGAGCAAACUGAUCGACUGGGACGUAUACUGCAGUCAGAAUGAGAGCAUUCCAGCCAAAUUCAUCAGUCGUCUUGUAACCUCAAAGGACCAAGCUUUGGAAAAGACGGAGAUAAAUUGCAGCAAUGGACUGGUCCCAAUAACUCAAGAAUUUGGCAUUAAUAUGAUGCUCAUUCAGUACACUCGCAAUGAGCUCCUGGACAGUCCAGGAAUGUGUGUAUUUUGGGGACCAUAUUCAGUUCCAAAGAAUGACACUGUCGUACUGUAUACCGUUACUGCCAGGCUGAAGUGGAGUGAAGGACCGCCAACCAAUUUGUCGAUUGAAUGUUACAUGCCCAAGUCACCCGUUGCACCUAAGCCAGAGACUGGUCCUUCAUCCAAUGCACCAGAACCAGAGACGUAUCCAACAUCAAGUGCACCUGAAAAGGUAUAUUCAGAUCAACCUGCACCUUCUCACAACCAGAGCAAACUGAUCGACUGGGACGUAUACUGCAGUCAGAAUGAGAGCAUUCCAGCCAAAUUCAUCAGUCGUCUUGUAACCUCAAAGGACCAAGCUUUGGAAAAGACGGAGAUAAAUUGCAGCAAUGGACUGGUCCCAAUAACUCAUGAAUUUGGCAUUAAUAUGAUGCUCAUUCAGUACACUCGCAAUGAGCUCCUGGACAGUCCAGGAAUGUGUGUAUUUUGGGGACCAUAUUCAGUUCCAAAGAAUGACACUGUCGUACUGUAUACCGUUACUGCCAGGCUGAAGUGGAGUGAAGGACCGCCAACCAAUUUGCCGAUUGAAUGUUACAUGCCCAAGUCACCCGUUGCACCUAAGCCAGAGACUGGUCCUACAUCCAAUGCACCAGAACCAGAGACUUAUCCAACAUCAAGUGCACCUGAAAAGGUAUCUUCAGAUCAACCUGCACCUUCUCACAACCAGAGCAAACUGAUCGACUGGGACGUAUACUGCAGUCAGAAUGAGAGCAUUCCAGCCAAAUUCAUCAGUCGUCUUGUAACCUCAAAGGACCAAGCUUUGGAAAAGACGGAGAUAAAUUGCAGCAAUGGACUGGUCCCAAUAACUCAUGAAUUUGGCAUUAAUAUGAUGCUCAUUCAGUACACUCGCAAUGAGCUCCUGGACAGUCCAGGAAUGUGUGUAUUUUGGGGACCAUAUUCAGUUCCAAAGAAUGACACUGUCGUACUGUAUACCGUUACUGCCAGGCUGAAGUGGAGUGAAGGACCGCCAACCAAUUUGUCGAUUGAAUGUUACAUGCCCAAGUCACCCGUUGCACCUAAGCCAGAGACUGGUCCUACAUCCAAUGCACCAGAACCAGAGACUUAUCCAACAUCAAGUGCACCUGAAAAGGUAUCUUCAGAUCAACCUGCACCUUCUCACAACCAGAGCAAACUGAUCGACUGGGACGUAUACUGCAGUCAGAACGAGAGCAUUCCAGCCAAAUUCAUCAGUCGUCUUGUAACCUCAAAGGACCAAGCUUUGGAAAAGACGGAGAUAAAUUGCAGCAAUGGACUGGUCCCAAUAACUCAUAAAUUUGGCAUUAAUAUGAUGCUCAUUCAGUACACUCGCAAUGAGCUCCUGGACAGUCCAGGAAUGUGUGUAUUUUGGGGACCAUAUUCAGUUCCAAAGAAUGACACUGUCGUACUGUAUACCGUUACUGCCAGGCUGAAGUGGAGUGAAGGACCGCCAACCAAUUUGUCGAUUGAAUGUUACAUGCCCAAGUCACCCGUUGCACCUAAGCCAGAGACUGGUCCUACAUCCAAUGCACCAGAACCAGAGACUUAUCCAACAUCAAGUGCACCUGAAAAGGUAUCUUCAGAUCAACCUGCACCUUCUCACAACCAGAGCAAACUGAUCGACUGGGACGUAUACUGCAGUCAGAAUGAGAGCAUUCCAGCCAAAUUCAUCAGUCGUCUUGUAACCUCAAAGGACCAAGCUUUGGAAAAGACGGAGAUAAAUUGCAGCAAUGGACUGGUCCCAAUAACUCAUGAAUUUGGCAUUAAUAUGAUGCUCAUUCAGUACACUCGCAAUGAGCUCCUGGACAGUCCAGGAAUGUGUGUAUUUUGGGGACCAUAUUCAGUUCCAAAGAAUGACACUGUCGUACUGUAUACCGUUACUGCCAGGCUGAAGUGGAGUGAAGGACCGCCAACCAAUUUGUCGAUUGAAUGUUACAUGCCCAAGUCACCCGUUGCACCUAAGCCAGAGACUGGUCCUACAUCCAAUGCACCAGAACCAGAGACUUAUCCAACAUCAAGUGCACCUGAAAAGGUAUCUUCAGAUCAACCUGCACCUUCUCACAACCAGAGCAAACUGAUCGACUGGGACGUAUACUGCAGUCAGAAUGAGAGCAUUCCAGCCAAAUUCAUCAGUCUUGUAACCUCAAAGGACCAAGCUUUGGAAAAGACGGAGAUAAAUUGCAGCAAUGGACUGGUCCCAAUAACUCAUGAAUUUGGCAUUAAUAUGAUGCUCAUUCAGUACACUCGCAAUGAGCUCCUGGACAGUCCAGGAAUGUGUGUAUUUUGGGGACCAUAUUCAGUUCCAAAGAAUGACACUGUCGUACUGUAUACCGUUACUGCCAGGCUGAAGUGGAGUGAAGGACCGCCAACCAAUUUGCCGAUUGAAUGUUACAUGCCCAAGUCACCCGUUGCACCUAAGCCAGAGACUGGUCCUACAUCCAAUGCACCAGAACCAGAGACUUAUCCAACAUCAAGUGCACCUGAAAAGGUAUCUUCAGAUCAACCUGCACCUUCUCACAACCAGAGCAAACUGAUCGACUGGGACGUAUACUGCAGUCAGAACGAGAGCAUUCCAGCCAAAUUCAUCAGUCGUCUUGUAACCUCAAAGGACCAAGCUUUGGAAAAGACGGAGAUAAAUUGCAGCAAUGGACUGGUCCCAAUAACUCAAGAAUUUGGCAUUAAUAUGAUGCUCAUUCAGUACACUCGCAAUGAGCUCCUGGACAGUCCAGGAAUGUGUGUAUUUUGGGGACCAUAUUCAGUUCCAAAGAAUGACACUGUCGUACUGUAUACCGUUACUGCCAGGCUGAAGUGGAGUGAAGGACCGCCAACCAAUUUGUCGAUUGAAUGUUACAUGCCCAAGUCACCCGUUGCACCUAAGCCAGAGACUGGUCCUUCAUCCAAUGCACCAGAACCAGAGACUUAUCCAACAUCAAGUGCACCUGAAAAGGUAUAUUCAGAUCAACCUGCACCUUCUCACAACCAGAGCAAACUGAUCGACUGGGACGUAUACUGCAGUCAGAAUGAGAGCAUUCCAGCCAAAUUCAUCAGUCGUCUUGUAACCUCAAAGGACCAAGCUUUGGAAAAGACGGAGAUAAAUUGCAGCAAUGGACUGGUCCCAAUAACUCAAGAAUUUGGCAUUAAUAUGAUGCUCAUUCAGUACACUCGCAAUGAGCUCCUGGACAGUCCAGGAAUGUGUGUAUUUUGGGGACCAUAUUCAGUUCCAAAGAAUGACACUGUCGUACUGUAUACAGUUACUGCCAGGCUGAAGUGGAGUGAAGGACCGCCAACCAAUUUGUCGAUUGAAUGUUACAUGCCCAAGUCACCCGUUGCACCUAAGCCAGAGACUGGUCCUACAUCCAAUGCACCAGAACCAGAGACUUAUCCAACAUCAAGUGCACCUGAAAAGGUAUCUUCAGAUCAACCUGCACCUUCUCACAACCAGAGCAAACUGAUCGACUGGGACGUAUACUGCAGUCAGAAUGAGAGCUUUCCAGCCAAAUUCAUCAGUCGUCUUGUAACCUCAAAGGACCAAGCUUUGGAAAAGACGGAGAUAAAUUGUAGCAAUGGACUGGUCCCAAUAACUCAAGAAUUUGGCAUUAAUAUGAUGCUCAUUCAGUACACUCGCAAUGAGCUCCUGGACAGUCCAGGAAUGUGUGUAUUUUGGGGACCAUAUUCAGUUCCAAAGAAUGACACUGUCGUACUGUAUACCGUUACUGCCAGGCUGAAGUGGAGUGAAGGACCGCCAACCAAUUUGUCGAUUGAAUGUUACAUGCCCAAGUCACCCGUUGCAUCUAAGCCAGAGACUGGUCCUACAUCCAAUGCACCAGAACCACAGACUUAUCCAACAUCAAGUGCACCUGAAAAGGUAUCUUCAGAUCAACCUGCACCUUCUCACAACCAGAGCAAACUGAUCGACUGGGACGUAUACUGCAGUCAGAAUGAGAGCUUUCCAGCCAAAUUCAUCAGUCGUCUUGUAACCUCAAAGGACCAAGCUUUGGAAAAGACGGAGAUAAAUUGUAGCAAUGGACUGGUCCCAAUAACUCAUGAAUUUGGCAUUAAUAUGAUGCUCAUUCAGUACACUCGCAAUGAGCUCCUGGACAGUCCAGGAAUGUGUGUAUUUUGGGGACCAUAUUCAGUUCCAAAGAAUGACACUGUCGUACUGUAUACCGUUACUGCCAGGCUGAAGUGGAGUGAAGGACCGCCAACCAAUUUGUCGAUUGAAUGUUACAUGCCCAAGUCACCCGUUGCACCUAAGCCAGAGACUGGUCCUACAUCCAAUGCACCAGAACCACAGACUUAUCCAACAUCAAGUGCACCUGAAAAGGUAUCUUCAGAUCAACCUGCACCUUCUCACAACCAGAGCAAACUGAUCGACUGGGACGUAUACUGCAGUCAGAAUGAGAGCAUUCCAGCCAAAUUCAUCAGUCGUCUUGUAACCUCAAAGGACCAAGCUUUGGAAAAGACGGAGAUAAAUUGCAGCAAUGGACUGGUCCCAAUAACUCAAGAAUUUGGCAUUAAUAUGAUGCUCAUUCAGUACACUCGCAAUGAGCUCCUGGACAGUCCAGGAAUGUGUGUAUUUUGGGGACCAUAUUCAGUUCCAAAGAAUGACACUGUCGUACUGUAUACCGUUACUGCCAGGCUGAAGUGGAGUGAAGGACCGCCAACCAAUUUGUCGAUUGAAUGUUACAUGCCCAAGUCACCCGUUGCACCUAAGCCAGAGACUGGUCCUUCAUCCAAUGCACCAGAACCAGAGACUUAUCCAACAUCAAGUGCACCUGAAAAGGUAUAUUCAGAUCAACCUGCACCUUCUCACAACCAGAGCAAACUGAUCGACUGGGACGUAUACUGCAGUCAGAAUGAGAGCAUUCCAGCCAAAUUCAUCAGUCGUCUUGUAACCUCAAAGGACCAAGCUUUGGAAAAGACGGAGAUAAAUUGCAGCAAUGGACUGGUCCCAAUAACUCAUGAAUUUGGCAUUAAUAUGAUGCUCAUUCAGUACACUCGCAAUGAGCUCCUGGACAGUCCAGGAAUGUGUGUAUUUUGGGGACCAUAUUCAGUUCCAAAGAAUGACACUGUCGUACUGUAUACCGUUACUGCCAGGCUGAAGUGGAGUGAAGGACCGCCAACCAAUUUGUCGAUUGAAUGUUACAUGCCCAAGUCACCCGUUGCACCUAAGCCAGAGACUGGUCCUACAUCCAAUGCACCAGAACCACAGACUUAUCCAACAUCAAGUGCACCUGAAAAGGUAUCUUCAGAUCAACCUGCACCUUCUCACAACCAGAGCAAACUGAUCGACUGGGACGUAUACUGCAGUCAGAAUGAGAGCAUUCCAGCCAAAUUCAUCAGUCGUCUUUUAACCUCAAAGGACCAAGCUUUGGAAAAGACGGAGAUAAAUUGCAGCAAUGGACUGGUCCCAAUAACUCAAGAAUUUGGCAUUAAUAUGAUGCUCAUUCAGUACACUCGCAAUGAGCUCCUGGACAGUCCAGGAAUGUGUGUAUUUUGGGGACCAUAUUCAGUUCCAAAGAAUGACACUGUCGUACUGUAUACCGUUACUGCCAGGCUGAAGUGGAGUGAAGGACCGCCAACCAAUUUGUCGAUUGAAUGUUACAUGCCCAAGUCACCCGUUGCACCUAAGCCAGAGACUGGUCCUACAUCCAAUGCACCAGAACCAGAGACUUAUCCAACAUCAAGUGCACCUGAAAAGGUAUCUUCAGAUCAACCUGCACCUUCUCACAACCAGAGCAAACUGAUCGACUGGGACGUAUACUGCAGUCAGAAUGAGAGCAUUCCAGCCAAAUUCAUCAGUCGUCUUGUAACCUCAAAGGACCAAGCUUUGGAAAAGACGGAGAUAAAUUGCAGCAAUGGACUGGUCCCAAUAACUCAUGAAUUUGGCAUUAAUAUGAUGCUCAUUCAGUACACUCGCAAUGAGCUCCUGGACAGUCCAGGAAUGUGUGUAUUUUGGGGACCAUAUUCAGUUCCAAAGAAUGACACUGUCGUACUGUAUACCGUUACUGCCAGGCUGAAGUGGAGUGAAGGACCGCCAACCAAUUUGUCGAUUGAAUGUUACAUGCCCAAGUCACCCGUUGCACCUAAGCCAGAGACUGGUCCUACAUCCAAUGCACCAGAACCAGAGACUUAUCCAACAUCAAGUGCACCUGAAAAGGUAUCUUCAGAUCAACCUGCACCUUCUCACAACCAGAGCAAACUGAUCGACUGGGACGUAUACUGCAGUCAGAAUGAGAGCAUUCCAGCCAAAUUCAUCAGUCGUCUUGUAACCUCAAAGGACCAAGCUUUGGAAAAGACGGAGAUAAAUUGCAGCAAUGGACUGGUCCCAAUAACUCAAGAAUUUGGCAUUAAUAUGAUGCUCAUUCAGUACACUCGCAAUGAGCUCCUGGACAGUCCAGGAAUGUGUGUAUUUUGGGGACCAUAUUCAGUUCCAAAGAAUGACACUGUCGUACUGUAUACCGUUACUGCCAGGCUGAAGUGGAGUGAAGGACCGCCAACCAAUUUGUCGAUUGAAUGUUACAUGCCCAAGUCACCCGUUGCACCUAAGCCAGAGACUGGUCCUACAUCCAAUGCACCAGAACCACAGACUUAUCCAACAUCAAGUGCACCUGAAAAGGUAUCUUCAGAUCAACCUGCACCUUCUCACAACCAGAGCAAACUGAUCGACUGGGACGUAUACUGCAGUCAGAAUGAGAGCAUUCCAGCCAAAUUCAUCAGUCGUCUUGUAACCUCAAAGGACCAAGCUUUGGAAAAGACGGAGAUAAAUUGCAGCAAUGGACUGGUCCCAAUAACUCAAGAAUUUGGCAUUAAUAUGAUGCUCAUUCAGUACACUCGCAAUGAGCUCCUGGACAGUCCAGGAAUGUGUGUAUUUUGGGGACCAUAUUCAGUUCCAAAGAAUGACACUGUCGUACUGUAUACCGUUACUGCCAGGCUGAAGUGGAGUGAAGGACCGCCAACCAAUUUGUCGAUUGAAUGUUACAUGCCCAAGUCACCCGUUGCACCUAAGCCAGAGACUGGUCCUACAUCCAAUGCACCAGAACCACAGACUUAUCCAACAUCAAGUGCACCUGAAAAGGUAUCUUCAGAUCAACCUGCACCUUCUCACAACCAGAGCAAACUGAUCGACUGGGACGUAUACUGCAGUCAGAAUGAGAGCAUUCCAGCCAAAUUCAUCAGUCGUCUUGUAACCUCAAAGGACCAAGCUUUGGAAAAGACGGAGAUAAAUUGCAGCAAUGGACUGGUCCCAAUAACUCAUGAAUUUGGCAUUAAUAUGAUGCUCAUUCAGUACACUCGCAAUGAGCUCCUGGACAGUCCAGGAAUGUGUGUAUUUUGGGGACCAUAUUCAGUUCCAAAGAAUGACACUGUCGUACUGUAUACCGUUACUGCCAGGCUGAAGUGGAGUGAAGGACCGCCAACCAAUUUGUCGAUUGAAUGUUACAUGCCCAAGUCACCCGUUGCACCUAAGCCAGAGACUGGUCCUACAUCCAAUGCACCAGAACCAGAGACUUAUCCAACAUCAAGUGCACCUGAAAAGGUAUCUUCAGAUCAACCUGCACCUUCUCACAACCAGAGCAAACUGAUCGACUGGGACGUAUACUGCAGUCAGAAUGAGAGCAUUCCAGCCAAAUUCAUCAGUCGUCUUGUAACUUCAAAGGACCAAGCUUUGGAAAAGACGGAGAUAAAUUGCAGCAAUGGACUGGUCCCAAUAACUCAUGAAUUUGGCAUUAAUAUGAUGCUCAUUCAGUACACUCGCAAUGAGCUCCUGGACAGUCCAGGAAUGUGUGUAUUUUGGGGACCAUAUUCAGUUCCAAAGAAUGACACUGUCGUACUGUAUACCGUUACUGCCAGGCUGAAGUGGAGUGAAGGACCGCCAACCAAUUUGUCGAUUGAAUGUUACAUGCCCAAGUCACCCGUUGCACCUAAGCCAGAGGCUAGUCCUACAUCCAAUGCACCAGAACCACAGACUUAUCCAACAUCAAGUGCACCUGGAACUAGCCCUGAAGGAAGCGCAACCGCUGCACCCGGAACUAGCCCUGAAGGAAAUACGACUGCUGCUCGAAACGCCUAUCCAAGAAAAUCGAACCAGACCACUUCCACAGAAGAUGUGCUUGACGAUACAUCCAACUACAUUAUUAAAGUGAUUCCUCACUGCAGAACAAGAGGGGAUGUUGCACUGAUAGAGAUAAUAACAGAUGUUGACCUGUCAGCUGUGGCGGUCUGCUCCAACGGCUCCAGGCACCAUUUCAACUCCACAGACUUUGUCCACUUCUACCUGCCUGUAUCCUACAACGUCACUCCCAGUGUAUGUGCGUUCACUCGCAGUAAAGCCAAUCUCUUUAAGUUGCACAUAGGAGUAUCAUGGAAAGAUCGAUUGCACGAUGUGACUACACAAAAAAAAGACUUUCUGAUAACAUGUACAUUUGAUCCACAUAAAAGCCACAGGGGUCCUACGUCGGCCUCUUCCGAGCCGCUCAUUGCUGCCAAGGAGAUCCAGUCACAUCAAGGCCCGCAAAGUGACGCUGAAGAAGUGUUUCUGAAGCUGGUAGAUAUCCGGAAUGAAACUCUCGCUGCCGCUGUCCCCUUGUCCAAGAAGGUCCGGUUGGUAGGGGAGGUCCAUGGUUCGAGCUUGGAAAGUGGUUUAAAGCCAGUGGCGUGCGAUGCUGUAGGAGUCCAACAGGGGCAGAGAUAUGCAAUAUUACGGGAUGGAUGUGGAGACGGCAUUGUGUUCGCCAAGGACAUCGGUUUCAUUACCGAAGGAAAUAAAGCUUUCAGUCCAGUUUUCGAGGUAUUCAAGCUACACGGAAAUCUGCAUUUGACGUUCAUGUGUAAUUUCACGCUCUGUACCCACUCAUGUGAUGGCAGCUCCUGUUCAAACCAGCGUCGUACAAGAAGGUCGAUGGCGUGGCAAGACAUCCCUCACGUUGCAGACUUUGACUCGUCAGCAACACCUUCCACAGACAUGGCGACAGUUCAAGUCGCGUUGCUUGUAGCCGUCGCAUUACUCAUAACCCAACUCGCAGGCCUUGCCAUAUAUGUAAACAUAAACUAGAAUGAAACGCAAAA